CAUAAUCAGUUGUCAUUAAGAAUUACGAUGUUGUUUACGUUGAUCAGAUAAUCGUAGUUUUUUCACAAGUCCGUAUAUCUACGUACUUUAUCAUUCCCAUAUAUUAUCUAGUUUAAAUUCCAAUAUACAAGAAAUUAUUUUAAGUUGCCAGUAGAUCGUCACAAACAACUUUAUACACUACGCAAGUGAAAGUUAUCCACUAGUUUCUGGUUUUGUUCAGUCAUUACUUUCGGCCGUUAAUUGCACUUGAUGUUCUCGAAGUCUUGAUAACGAGGAACUGAUUAAGUUAUCCUUCUGUUAAUCACAUUUAAUCAUCUCUCCGUGUGUCUAUCUUUGUCAUAAAGACUUAAAACCUUAGUAACCGAUAUCAUAAAACUGUCAUAAAAAUACGAUAAAAGCGUUGACUUUGUACCCUGAAUUAAAUAGCCGCAGUUCUAAAGUCCUCGGCAGUGAGUAAAGUUGUUUAGCAAGUAAAAAAAAAUAUGUUAAAAAAAAUGGCAAAGGACCAAGGAAUUCAAGAACAAUUGAGGUUGUAUUUACCAGACCUACCUAAAGGUCCUUUGGAUGCUUACCGGAAAAAAGCUACUUUUGAUUGGCGACGUAUGAAACUGGCUUAUGACAACUUGAACACAUUAAAAUUAAAACAUGACAUUUGGAGUUUCAUGGAAAGUCAUCCACUGUUCAAACAUACCGAAGCUACACGAGUUUUGGAUGAAGAGAGACACAUUGCCACAAAGAGGAUGUACACAAUCUAUAAUGAACAAUUUUUACGCUUUGAAAAGAUCGCCGAGGAUCCGAAGUCAUUCCAAGCUGAAAGCGAAGCACUGUUCAUGUUCGACAGUUCCCUAGCAGUGAAAAUCUCACUAACCUUCAGGAUGUUCAGCAAUGCUAUCCAGGGCAAUGGAAAGAGCCACCACUACCCCAUCAUCGAAGAUGUGGAGAAAGCUAAGAUUGGAGGCUGUUUCGCGUUAACUGAGGUGUCCCAUGGCUCCAAUGCUAAGGGGAUGAGGACCACAGCCACUUACAUUCCUGAGAAGAAGCAGUUUGUCAUGCAUAGUGCUGACUUUGAGGCUGCAAAGUGCUGGGUCGGGUCGCUAGGAAAAUGCGCAACUCACGCUAUCGUAUACGCCAUGUUGAUAUCUAAAGGGAAGAACCAUGGUCUCCAUACUUUCGUCGUACCUAUCAGGGACCCCAAAACCUUGAAACCUUACCCUGGAGUCAUUGUGGGAGAUUUAGGCGAAAAAAUCGGCCUCAAUGGAGUCGAUAAUGGUUUCGUCAUGUUCAAUAACUACCACCUACCUAAGGAGGCUGCGUUGGACAAGUUGGGUGGAGUAGACGACAAUGGCGAUUACCAGACACCUUUCAGAGACCCUAGCAAGAGGUUCGGAGCAGCCCUUGGAAUCCUAUCAGGCGGGCGAGUCCACAUCACUGCUAUAUCCACGUACUACCUGCAGAAGGCUAUCGUCAUAGCCAUUAGGUACUCGGCAGUGAGGAAGCAGUUUGGUCCUGAGAAUGCCAAGGAGGAGACGCCAGUCUUAGAAUACCAGCAACAGCAAAUCCGUCUCCUGCCGUACUUGGCAGCCACGUAUGCUAUGAAGAUAUUCUCCGUUUGGCUGAGUUGUCUGCACAUCAACAUGACCAUCAGCAGCUAUGUCGGUGAGGAUGCGAACGCGGCGGCGCGCGGUAUAGAGCUGCACGCGCUGUCGUCGGCCGUGAAGCCACUGUUCGGCUGGACCUCGCGCGACGGCAUACAGAACUGCAGGGAGGCCUGCGGGGGACACGGGUACUUGAAAGCGGCGGCUAUCGGCGACCUGCGCAACGACAACGACGCCAACUGCACGUACGAGGGGGAGAACAGCCUCCUGCUGCAGCAGACCAGCAACUGGCUGCUUAACGUGUGGGCACGCCGGGAGACACUCACCGCGGACGACUCUCCCCUCGGCUCGCUGCAGUUCUUGCAAAACGUGGACCAGUUACUCCAGGAAAAAUGCCCCUGGAACAGUGUCCAGGAAUUCAUGGAGCCAGCUAAUUUGAUCCACGCAUACAAAUGGCUGACGGCGUUCAUGCUGAAGAUGACGGCGGAGAAGGUGGCGCUGCUGAAGGGCCAGGGUAAAGACAACUUCUCGGCCAAGAACGAAUCGCAGUCCUACAACGCGGUCACUCUGUCUGUUGUCUACGGAGAGAACUACGUACUGAACAACUUCUAUAAGGCUGCGCAGGAGUUUGAUGACGCUAAUUGUCGCGCCGUGUUACUCAAACUGGUGGCUUUGUAUGGAUCCUUCCUCUUGGAGAAACAUUUGGCCACGCUCUACAUUGGCGGGUACCUGCGCGGCGAGCAAGGCCUGUGUGUCCGCGAGGGUACACUGUCCCUGUGCCGAGACAUCAGCCCCGAGGCCGUGGCUCUCGUGGACUCGCUGGCGCCGCCCGACUUCUGCCUCAAGUCCGUACUAGGAAUGUCCGACGGAGAAGCGUACAAACACAUCCAAUCCAGUGUGAUGACGUACCCGGGGUCGAUGACCCGGCCCGAGUGGUGGCGCGACGUAGUGUACUGGCAGUCCUACGCUCCCUCCAAGCUGUAAACAACCCUACACGCUAAGCAUUAAAGACGAGAAUCAACUGUGCAUAAUAAAUUCAGUCACAUUUUUUUUUACUAAUUGUAACUUUGGUGUAAGAUUAUGUAUAAGUAUAAUUUUGAUGAAACCUUUAUGAUCAUAAUAAUUAUGUUGUUUAGAAGAAUUUGUCAAAGAAAACAUAGUUUUCCGCAGUUCUGAUAAGGCUGAUUUUUCUUAAAAAUACUUGCCUUGCUACAUACCUUGUUGAGUAAUGUUUUAACUACCGACGUAAGUUUUUUCUUAUAAGUCUACAAAUGCUUUCGAAAAUGUGAUAUAUGUAUCUAUACAGCGGUAUAUAAUACCGAAAUAGCAUUUCUUUUAUUUACAAUGAAAUAUUUUGCCAACAUUUAAUUUGAUUUCAUUCCAUUCAAUCCGUUAGAAACGCGUUCCGCGCACGUCUUAAAGACUCAUUAGACCACCGUACGUAUAAGUUUCACAAAUCAUUCAAAAUUCGGAAUUAAAAGCAAUUUAGUUUGUAAGUUUAAAGUAGCACCUGUAAUUAUUGGCCUUGAAUAUUACUGUUGUCAUAAUAAAUGUGUAUAAUAAACAAAAAUAUUAUUUUUUAGGAAUUUUACAUUAUACUUUAUAACAUAAAAGUUUAUAUUUUUGUUAAAUGGUGGAGAUAUAUUUUUAUACAGGGAUUUUUAAAUAAAUGUUUACUUGAAAAUAAA